GUAUAUGCUUAGCUCAACAAAACAAAGUCCACAAUGUAUGACAGAAAAUGACAUGUAGAGAGAGAGAGGAAUAAAGAAAAACGUUACAUUAUUUGAUUUUGGAGUUAACAUUAACCCUCUUCAUUAGGGUUUGCUUUGCUUGAUAAAGAUUGUUUUGCUCACUUUCUUAAUACACGUACCUUUCACUAUCACAACUUUAUGAGCUAGAGAGUUGAGUUGAGUUGACACACACACACUAUAUAUCUCUUAAUUAUUAAAUAAAUACAAAAUAAAAUUACACAAGUUUUUUUGUGUUAGGAUAUUUGAGUGUAAUAACAAUAUAUAAAGAGAAUUGGGGAACAAGUUUUGUGUUGAGAGAAAAUGGGAAGAGGAAGAGUGGAAUUGAAGAGAAUUGAGAACAAAAUUAACAGACAAGUUACCUUUGCUAAACGAAGAAAUGGUCUAUUGAAGAAAGCUUAUGAACUUUCUGUUCUUUGUGAUGCCGAGGUUGCUCUCAUCGUCUUCUCCAAUCGAGGAAAACUCUAUGAGUUUUGCAGCACUUCUAGCAUGCUCAAAACUCUUGAGAGGUAUCAGAAAUGCAACUAUGGAGCACCUGAAGCUAAUGUGUCAUCAAAGGAAGCUUUGGUAUUGGAAUUAAGCAGUCAACAGGAAUACUUGAAGCUUAAGGCACGUUAUGAAUCUCUACAACGCUCUCAAAGGAACCUUAUGGGAGAAGAUCUUGGUCCUCUUAGCAGCAAAGAUCUUGAAACACUUGAAAGACAGCUAGAUUCAUCCUUGAAGCAAAUCAGAUCCACAAGGACCCAAUUUAUGCUGGAUCAGCUGGGUGAUCUUCAACGUAAGGAACACUUGCUAUGUGAAGCAAACAGAGCUCUCAGACAAAGGAUGGAAGGGUAUCAAAUAAAUUCUCUCCAACUGAAUCUGAGUGCUGAAGAUAUGGGAUAUGGCCGUCAUCAUCAAGUUCACAACCAGGGUGAUGAUCUAUUUCAACCAAUUGAGUGUGAACCAACCUUACAAAUUGGAUAUCAGGGUGAUCCAGGAUCAGUGGUGACAGCAGGCCCAAGCAUGAAUAAUUUCAUGGGUGGAUGGUUACCAUGAUGAUGAGAGUCUGAAGCAUGCAAAAAUAGAUCAAUUUUAUCACAAUGCAAAAGGGAAAUUUGUAAUACUAGCAUGUAAUGUAAUAUAAUGGACUACACUAAACUAUAUAUCAGUGUCUAAGUACCUUGUUGGCAGAAUAAUAUAGUAAGCUAAGCAGUGUUCUAUGUAAGUUUUCAUAAAGGUGAAGUUGUGACCAAGUUGAGCAAACACGAGGUUUACUCAAUUUCACCGAAUUAAUGUUCAUUUGAA